UUCAGACCGUCGGCCAUUGCGUUCACCCUCUCUCUUGCGAUCUUGCCUUCUGCUCUUCUCCUCCCGUUCACGGUUCACCCCCGCUCUGCCUUCCUUUCCCGGCGGCGACGACUGGCGAGCGCCGCCGCCGCCGUCUUCGUCUUGCCCUUCGCCGGCAACGAGCACCCACGAGUGGUGUUUGCUGCAGAUUCGACUCGUAAUGUGAAUAUAAAUAGUGUAAUUUCCCCGCGAAAAGAUGGCAUCAGACGAGUUCAUCAGCCUUGAGGCACCUUGCGAGGCUGAUGCGAAGGGUGAAGGGGGAGACCCUCAGGUUGAAGCUCCUGGUGUGAACGGGGCGGAGCCUCUGGCAUCUGAACUCCAACCAGAAGUGGAAGCUUGUGCUGUGGGUAGUACUAGUAGUCCCAAGCCGUCUGAUGGGAACAUAGAUCUUGAAGAGGGGCAAGUGGAAGAUAUGGACCUCGCAGAUGAUGAUGAUGUGGUUGUAAAGGAUGAGCUAUUAGAUGCUUCCAUUCAGCCCGAGGUCAGUGUUGCAGCUGUACAGACUGUAAUUGGUUUUGAGGUCAAGCUGGACAAGGGUGGUGGGGCUGAAAAUGCAUCAGUUUUUGAGUCAAACAGCAUCUCUCUUGAAGAAAGCCCAGCAAGAGGAGUUAAAAGAGCUCGUGUGGAAUCAAAGGAGCCUUCAGUUCGUGUCAUCUUCAGUGACUUGACAAGGGAAAGCAAAAGAAAGCUUAUGGAACUGAUGCAACAGUGGUCUCAGUGGCAGGCCAGAAGGCAGCACAAAUCGAAGGAAGCUGCGGAAGAGAUCUUAGAAAGUGGCGAAGAGACUUAUUAUCCAGCAUUACAUGUUGGUUCUGAGAAGUCUUGUGCUGUGUCAUUUUGGGUGGAUAACCAAGCAAGGGAGAAUACUACCAUGGAUGAUGAUUCUGUUCCACUGUAUGAUCGAGAGUUUACCUUGGGCUCAACUCCUCUGGGCGAUUCAUCAAACACUGAAAGCCGGGCAGAUAAGGAUGAUUCUCGCUGCUUCAAUUGCGGUUCUUAUAGCCAUGCUCUGAAGGAUUGCCCAAAGCCUCGGGACAAUGUUGCAAUUAGCAAUGCCCGGAAGCAGCAUAAUUUGAAAAGAAACCAAUCUAAUGCUCACCGUGUACAGAAUCGAUAUUACCAGAAAACACCUGGCAAAUUUGAUGAUCUGAAAGCUGGAGUACUGGGACCUGAAACUAGAGAGUGCUUGGGGAUUGGGGAAAAUGAUCCCCCUCCUUGGCUGCAUAGAAUGCGUGAGUUAGGUUAUCCUCCAGGCUACCUAGAUGUGGUCGAUGAUGAAGACAAACCUUCUGGUAUCACCAUAUUUGGAGACAGCGAGGUGAAACUAGACUACGAGGAGGGAGAGCUUCCAGAGCAAGGUGAACUAUCCCCGCCUCGGAAAAGGAUGACAGUGGAAUUCCCUGGAAUAAAUGCCCCCAUCCCAGAGAAUGGAGACCGCUGGCUGUGGGGCAGCGCCCCACCCCAGUCAUCUGGCCGCCAUCACUCAUCGGAUUCAAGGGAUUACCGGGAUAGAGGUCCUCCUGGUACCGAUCAUUAUUCAUCGAGAUACCUUUCCCAUGACUAUGGGCAGUUGAGCCCGAGCUUAGGGAGGUCGCACUCAGACAGGGGGUGGAGAAGCCCACCUCGUUAUGAGAAUCUGCCAGCAGAUGACAGUGCUUGGACCCCACACUCAUACCCUAGCAGGCAGUACUCGGGCCAUUACAGCUCGAGCUCCGAGAUGUCGUCGCGCCAUUCCAGAGAAAGAGACAGAGACAGAGACAGGCAUGAGAGCAGGCACCACCACCACCGCAGAUGAGUCAAGCAUGCAGUUGAUUUGUACCAUAUCCUUUUGUUGAGGAAUUCUAUACCCGACGACUUGGAUCUGACAUAGCAGCAGUUCUGUUACAGUUGCUGAGGUUUCAUAUUUUCCUUUCCUUGCAUAUAUUUUGCAGCGCUGCUUCCAAAUGAUUAGUGGCCAGUCGCUUUUUCUCAUCUGACUGAGCUCUAUUCCCGUGUUGUAUGACUGCCUUUCUCUUAUCUGUAACUCUGCUCAUUUUCUUGAAAGUUACGUCAUAUUCUGUAGAAUACAAAUCUUAGGGCCUGUUCUGUUUGGAUGAAAGGUUUUAGAAGAAAAGCACCGUUAAGCUAGACUCCCCAAUGUUUUUCCCGCCUGUGAGCUUAAAAUUCUGUCUGGAUGAAAUUUUGUGGCACAA